AGUGGAGCCGGGAGUCGGGCAUCUUCAGAAUCUUAUCCAUUCAAAUGUUAAUACUACACAUACCUAUAUAUUUAGCAGUUUAUUUUACAAUUGUCAUUUUCUGAUCUUCUUUUAUUGGAUAUCCUCUUCUGAACUAGACUAUCCAAGCCUCCAAAAGCUGUUGGUCCAUCAGACACAUCGCAAGUUGUACGAACGAAAAGGUCGUGCAAUGUCUGAAGAACUUCAGGACGAAAUCGAGGCAAUCAACUCGAUUUAUGGUGACGGUUGCCUGGUACCUUCGAAUGAUCCUAAUGUGUACGUCCUAAAACCGCCCGGAGAGUCGUCGUCUCUCCGUGUCGAGUUUCCUCCUACAUACCCUGCAGUGCCUCCCGUUGUGUUAGGUACAAAUAGUACUGGCGAAUCUGGGAGGCGUGGUGAUGCUGCCCGGGAAUUAUCAUUCUUCAUCCAAGCGUUAAGCACUGUUUACCAGCCAGGGGAUGUCUGUCUAUUCGAUGCCAUAGAGGAGUUGACUCGGCUUCUGGAGUCUUCAGCUCCAGAAGAGCGCCAAGACCAAGACGAAGAUACUGCCCCUGAAGAUGCAACAAAUGCUCUGCUCACAGGUAAAGCUACAAUGCAUACGGAUGUGUCUAACAUACCGCAGCCUCCAUGGACCAUAUCAGAUCCUUUCAUUGAGUUAAAAUCGGUUUUCGUUGCCCGGUGCGCUCCCGUCUCAUCAACUGAAGAAGCAGAAGCUUUUGUUCAGCACCUUCUCGCCACUGAUAAGAAAGUCCGAAGCGCUACACAUAACAUUACAGCGUGGCGCAUAAUGGGGCCGAAUAACACCACAUUUCAAGAUUGUGACGAUGAUGGUGAAACUGCUGCCGGAAGUAGGCUGCUGCAUCUUAUGCAGCUUAUGGACCUUUGGAAUGUGAUGGUGAUCGUCACUCGGUGGUACGGCGGCCAUAAAUUAGGUCCAAGACGAUUUGCUCUCAUCAACCAAACUGCGAGAGAUGCAUUUGUCAAGGCCGGUCUGGUUUCUGAGAAUACAAGCAAGAAGAAAGGUCCAGGAAAGAGUUGAGGAUACAUGACAGUGCUAAGUAUACCCAGCCUCGCACUGUGACCCGCGAUAUGCCUCGGCUCUUCGCGUUUUUGAAUAUGAUUGGGGACUCUCAAUGUAUGGCACACGCUACCCUACCCAUCACCAUCAUGGCGUUUCGUAUACCG